UCCCGGACAGGGGAAUCCUCGCUCAGUGACGGCAGCGACCGCUUAAACCCUCCCAGCUGCUGCCGGCGCCGCCCCCUCCCGCCUUUCCUGGCGAGAGGGCGGCUCUUAUUUAACCAGGGGUUAGCACUCGCUCUCGGACAGAGUCCGGUAGAGGCGGCGCAGCCUGGCACAGUGAGCGGGACUCCGGUACCGGAGAUGGAAGAGCCGCAGAAAGGAGUGAAGAGGCAGUCAUGGUUGCAGCGCCCACUGCUGUAUGUCGGCAUCCUGCUGCUGGUGGUGGUUGUGGUGCUGGUCGCGGUGACGGUGAUACAGACCGCGCCAGUGCCACAGAAACUGAAGUAUGGCGUGGUCCUGGACGCGGGCUCCUCACACACGGCGCUCUUCAUCUACCAUUGGCCGGCGGAGAAGAUGAACGACACUGGACUAGUGAAGCAGUUGGGGUCCUGCAGCGUGAAGGGUCCGGGGAUCUCCAGUUACUGGACGGAGGUGGAGAGGGCCGGACCCUCGCUGCAAGCCUGUCUGGACAAGGCGAUGGAGAGUAUUCCCGCCCAGCAGCACACUGAGACCCCAGUGUACCUGGGCGCCACGGCCGGCUUGCGUCUGCUGAGGCUACAGAACCACGUUCAGGCAGAGAAGCUGCUACAUGCCGUGGAACAAUUCAUCCACACGUAUCCGUUUGAUUUCCAGGGAGCUCGGAUCAUCAGUGGGUUGGAUGAGGGGGCUUUCGGAUGGAUCACCAUCAACUACCUGAUGGGGAACCUGCAGCAGGACACGGCCGGGGAACCAGACACCCUGGGUGCGCUGGACCUGGGCGGGGGGUCCACACAGAUCACCUUCGUUCCUGACCGGGAGGUACAAGCACCGGAAAACGCCAUGCACUUCCGCCUGUACGGGAGGGACUACAACAUGUACACCCACAGCUUCCUGUGUUACGGCAAGGACCAGGCCCUGAAGAUGUUGAUGCAGAAUCUCAUGGUGCCGGACCAGGGGACCAUUCGCAAUCCCUGCUUCAACCUAGGGUACGAGAAAUCCAUCAACGUGUCGGACUUCUUCAACAGUCCGUGUACACCGGGCACGGCCCGCAGCUGGAACCAGACCCUCAGGGUGGUGGGCACUGGCGACUCGCGGCAGUGCGGCCUGCAAGUGCGUGCUCUCCUCAACCACAGCGCCUGCAGCUGGACCAGCUGCUCCUUCAACGGGUUGUACCAGCCCCCAGUCUGGGGCAACUUUGGGGCCUUCUCGGCGUAUUACUUUGUGACGGCAUUCUUCAACAAGGGGCAGCAGAGGCAGUCGCUGAGUGAGUUGAAGGAGGCGGUGGAGAAAUUCUGCAGUAUGUCCUGGGCCAAGGCCACAUCCGUCUACAACAUCAAGGAGCGCUACUUGAGCGAGAACUGUUUCUCGGGACACUAUGUCCUCGCCCUGUUAAUCAGCGGCUACAACUUCAGCGCCGCCACCUGGGACUCCAUCCAGUUCAUUAAGAAGAUCAAGGGCUCGGACGCAGGUUGGACCCUGGGCUACAUGCUGAACCUGACCAACAUGAUCCCGGCCGAGGGGCGGCGGCCCAAGCCCCUGAGCUCCACCUCCUUCCUCUCCAUCCUCGUCGUCUUCUCAAUCGCCGCCCUCCUGCUGCUGCUCGCCGUCUUCCUGCUGGCUCACCGGAGGAUAUCCCGGGAGCGCCAGAUGCUCCUGACCUAGGCCGCGCCGAGCCGCCUGACCCUCACCCAGUGUUUGCGUGCCCGGGGAAAUGGGCAGCAAGGGGGCAGGGUUCAGGCGCAGGGUGGCCCUGGAGCCCGGUCGCUGCCGCUCCCUGCCUGGGCCUCGGCAGCAGGUCGGUCAGGGCAGCUCAGGGGCCGAUCGUCCUGAGGGUCAGUUUCCCUUCUAUCUCGGGGGGGGGGGGGGGUCACCUCCCCUUCCUGCCGUCUGUCCCUAACCCCCC